UAUUUACGUGUUUCGUUCCAGUGAACACUGGUCGCCUCAAAGCGACAUGUGCUGCAAAAACGCGCCUGCAGUCGACUGAAAAAAUCUGCAGGGAAAAGCGCGUCGAAGUUCGCUAAGCGUAAUUACUAUUAUUUGUACAGUAACGCAAGGGACACAAGUUUCGAGGGAAAGAUAUUUCCUAAUUUUUGUCGUUGAAAGAUGAGUAGCAGUGAUUUGUGGAUACGCGACGUGAUCACGAGUUACGGAUUGCCGGCGAUUAUUCUUAUUCUAAUCGCGAUUUCGAUAUCACAGAACUGGCCGUGGUUGCGAAAGUGCAUUUACAAAUGUUACUUGACAGGAUUCGAAGCGGAGUGCGCGGAGCUCAUGGCACCCUACAAGAAAUGUUUGUUCGAAUCGUUACAACACGUUGUUUCGAGUGAUCGCGUAUUACGAGCCAUGGGCUGCAUACGGCUUCUCGAGAUUGGCGUUAAAACGGGUGAGAAUAUACAAUUUUACCCAGACAGCACACACUUGAUAGCCGUUGACCGGAACGUAAAACUGGCCGAAUAUCUAAUAAAAGGAAAUCGUUCUUGGGAAUUUUCCCACAUAAUCAUCGAACGUCUAAUAACCGGUGAUGGUAGUUCGUUGAAAGAGAUACCUACAGGAUACGUGGAUAUAGUUGUCUCAACGAGAUCGUUGUGCUCGGUGAAAUCGACACGAUCAACGCUUCAAGAAAUUCGCAGAGUACUGGCACCGGGCGGUCAAUAUUUAUUUAUAGAGCACACACCCGAAAACGAAGGAACUUUUAUACGAUGGUUGCAGAAAAUGUUAUCACGUACAAGAUUAUGGCCAUCGUUGUUCGGUGGCUGCAACUUGGACGUCGAUCCUAUCGCAGAUAUAAAAAAUGCUGGCUUCUAUCAAAUCACGUGGGAUACGUUCACACUCGAUGGCUUCGUCUCUCAAUAUUUUCAUUUUAUUCUUUCUAAACAACAUGUAUUGGGAAUUGCAAUACGGUGAUAGAACGUGAAAAAAAUGUUUC